AAUGAUCAAGCAUUACCAAUUCCUAUACAAAUAUUUUUAUGGAGACAAAUAAGUCCAUUUAUUCGUCCAAAAUUAGGAAAACUUCAUGAAGCAUCAUGUAUGUUCUGUCAACAUGCACCUGGUCAUCAUGAAUUAAAAGAAGCUUGCAAGUCGUUUGAGAAAGUAUUAGUACAAAAUAUACAAUUUGGUUUAUCGCCAAGUUUAUCUGAGGCGAUAAAAUCAAUUCCACGAUGGCGUUUGGUCCAAGCUGCCUUACCACAUGUGAUGCAUUGUACAGCUACAACUUUACACAAUCGUAUGAAAGAUGGAAAUUUACAAAGCUUAGGAGCUGUAGAAACAAAAUUAUUGUACACGCUACAUUGGAUAAUAUUAGAUGCUGCCGAAGAAUGUGCGGAUGCGGAUUAUGAAAAGGGCGAAUUUCAUUCAUCGCCUUUCUAUUAUUUAUUUUCGAUUCCAUCAAUUACUUUAUUUGUAUAUUUAUUUGCACCAUUAUGUCACCAGUUAAAAGAAUCCGAUUUUCAAAAUUUUCGCUUAGAAAAUGGUUUAAAAAUGUGGCAAGCAUUAUGGGAAUUUCGACACCCAGAAACAUCGUGUUUUACUGCACAGUGUCGUCCAAAACCAAAACUUUUAUCAAAUAAUAAAUUGUCAAAAGGCCAAAAUCAAUUUUGCGAUCUAUUUCUGGGACGAAAGCAAUCUACGGAUGAUGGACUGUUAAAUGCUAAUGAAAGCCCACCCAGUCAAAAAGCAAGUACUUCCUUAACAGAACAUUCAUCUUCUUCUUCAAAUACAGUCAUUAUAAGCACAACCAAAACCAAUGAUGACGAUGGAAACUGGGUAUCAUCUCCUAAAGAUACAAUUUUUCCUGAAACUAUUCCUGAAGAAAGUUCUAGUGCUGAAGAAGAACAUGUUGUCAUUUUCCGACUUCCUUCUUUACAUGAAUCCGAUUCGUUUUUACGUGACCCCUCAAUCUAUACUGCUGACACAAACCUAUUUCAAUUAGCACUUGCAAAAAAUGUAACUACAGUUAGAGCAAAUUUAAAAGUAGAUCAAUCCACAAAUUUAGCUGAUUUAAAACCUAGUAAAAUUAAGCAAAAAAUAGAAAAAAUGGGAUCAUCAACAGAUAAAGAAUCAUUUGACGGAGGUGGGAGUAAAGAUAAGACUUCUGAUAAAGAUAAAGAUGAAAAAGGUUCAGGUCAUCAAACAGUUGACUUAAGUGCAGCAACUUUUUUGGAUGUUGCGGUUCUCAGAUGCCUCUUUAUAACGCAUUGGCAAGAAGAAGGUGUUUAUUGGGCAUUACACUUUCUGUACAAUCGUUUGCGGGAAAUAAGUGAAGAAUUCAGCACACAAGCUCAACCACGCCGUAGAAGUAACUCAUUACCAAUACCAAAAAUUGAGGUAUCAAUUUACCAAAGCCCAGAAUCAAAACGUAAAGAAGAAAAAGAUUUUAUGGAAGUGCCCGAAUUGAAGGAUGUAUCCUUACUAGCAGGUUUGUCAAAAUCGCCAUACCAUAAUGUAAAAAGAACAGAUGAAAACACAUCUCCACAUCAAAGGCGUGCAAGUGAAAAAUCAAAGAAGAAAAUGAAAAUGGCUGAUUUAAAAGCAUUCGUAGAAACUAAGCUAUUAUCAAAAUCUGAGAAAGCAUUGGAAAAAAUUGGUCAAGAUGAACCAAAACAAUUAUUUGAACAAGCCGAAUAUCAUCGCAGUUUAGACACGGGUGAUGAACACUUAUCACGUCCAAAUUCAACAUUGUCCAGAAUGUUUGAGCCAAUUAAAGAUCCAUUUGGUACAACAAGUAAUUUGGUGAAAGGAAAAAGUAUGCCUAGUUUAAGCUGUUUGAUAGAUGAACUUACCGCUGGAGGAUAUAUUGGCGAAAUACACUGGGAUAGACGUAGAACAAGCCGAGCAACAACUUCACAAAGCACAGGCGGGCAGAAUCCUAUCAUAACCGUAACAGAGCAUACGCCAACACCCUCACCAGAUUACAUGAAGCGUCAGGGGUCUAUUGAUAGUCAAUUGGAUGCACUUAGCAUGUCAGCCGUAAAAUUAAAUACGGGGAAUGAAAGAAAGGCUAGUUUGACACGAUCACAAACUGACUCAAAUAUAACUUAUCUUGGUGAAGAAAUACCCGAAGCGCCUGGUUCGGUUGCUUAUAUUACCAAAGAUGGUGAUAUUGACUAUCAAGUUGUAUUGAAGGCAGUACAUUCGGCAGCUAUGCAUGAUAACGCUUGUUGUAGUUUGAGAGUCAUUGAAGUAAUUCUAAAUUUAGUUGAAAUCCUUAUGGAUAUGGGAGUUUUAAAACAAUGUUUGAGAGAUGAGGCUGUAGCUCAAAAUACGUCAAACCAAACAUCAAGCAAUCUUCCAACUAGUGGUAAAAAUAAUCAAAAAUCCUCACAAACUUUAUCACAAUCUGGAAACAAAGAUGAUAUUUCAUUAGCGGGUGGUUCGAUUUCUGGUGUUGGUUUAACAGGAAGUACUUGCAAAGGAGCUGGUGCAUCAAUGAGCGAAAAAGAGCCAUCGAUUAAAGACGAAAAGAUUGAUAAGACUAUAACACCGUUCACACUGAUUAUGAGUGUUUUAUUCAGAGUUUUGAGACAUUUGGGAUGUCCUCAUGGAUGCGCGGAUGGUCAACGUGGACCUCCAGCUGAAUUUCUACGAACACAAUGUCAAAAUAUUUUAUCAAAAUUACAUCGUGCAAGUCAAAAACAAUUUUCUAAAUUUCUAAAAAAUAUUGUUUUGUACUAUCCAAUAUUAGAAAUUUUGGAUUUUUUCCAUGCAUAUGUUGGAUUUUGUGUGGAUCCAAGUUCAUUAUUGUCGCCAUUAACCGACCAAAAAAGGAGUUGCAGUAAAUCACCUGACAUUAAUUCACAAAGUGGAUAUGCUACAAAUUUUGGAGCAGGUUUAGGAGGGCAUGGAAGUCGAGGAGUUGAAGGCCAAGUGAUUUCGUACGUUUUUAAAUCAAUGGUUACUAGAUUUGUAAAAUUCAGUAAAGAGUUAAAGAUGCAGGAUAAUAUGGCCUUGUAUUGUGAUAUUCGUCAAUUAAUGACCUAUGUAAAAGAAGCUCAUGGAGGUGUUUUUAGAAGAGUAAUUUUAAGUGCUCUUAUUGAUACAGCUAAUAAAUCUAAUAAAAAACAAAACAUUCAGACUACUCGAGUAAUUCGACAUAUACGGCACAGUGAUAUUCAAGAAUUUCAGGAAUCAAAUUCUGGAGACACAUGCUAUAUGAUGGACGAAAGAGGAUUUCGAAAACAGUUAUUUAAAAAACGGAGUACUUCAUCAACUUGUGCAAGUUUAUUAGAUACGGAAAUCAAUGAAGAACCUUCAAAAAGUCAAAGCCCUAUUGGAAAUUUACGUAAAAAGCAUCAUAUUUUAACACCCAGACAAAGUGAACGUGCAUUGGGUAUAAUUGAACAGCCGUCAGGAAGUAAAAGUAUAAGUCGCGGAUCUACAAAAACCAGAUUUAGCGGUAUAGUCAGUUGGUUUAGACGCGAUACAGGCGCAUCUGAAUCAACAGAUAGCAUUGAUAAUGGAGAAUCGCCAACAGAAAGCACAGGAUUUAUUCGACAGCCAUCGUUAUUUUAUCCAGGUGGAAAAUUACCACAAAAAAGUACCACCAACAUGGGAGAAACCAUACAAAAAGCUAAAAGACGUAUGGAAGAUAAACUUAAUAAAUUUGGUAUAAAAAAGGGAAAGAAAAAAGAUAAAAGUAUGGAUGAAGCACCGGGAAGUUAUUUCAGCCGCAGAAAUUCUAUGGAUUUUGGCGAUGCAUCGAGAGAAUCAGAAUUUGUUGUGUUGAAAGAACGCAAAUUAGUUCCAACACAAGCUUUACUGGAUGGAAUGCUACGAUUUUCUUUCCUAUUGGAGAGUUGUCAACCAGGAACUGUACCAGAUCCACCUUUAAUGGGAGCUAUUUUAGAUCUGCCUCAUUCAGCAGUUGUAGCAAGAGCAGCAUUUUAUAUGGAAUGCGCCUAUUUUGUACACUGUUGCAAUCGAAAUCAAUGGCCAAAUUGGAUGAAGUUAACUUUACCAAUGUUUCGUCAAUCGGGUCCAGUAUCAGGUUCUGGUCUAGGAGUACAACGUGGUCCACCACAAAAUGCUCCUAGGCGAACGCAUGCAAUGCAACGUACUGCAGGUAAAUUAUUUUAUCAAUGGGCAGAAGUUAUUGCUGCUAGAUUGGAAGAAUUACUAAUCCAAGAUAAACAACAUGAAGCACAUAUUAACUCGCUUGUAUCAGAUGAACAAAAUCAAAAGGAACUUCUUAUUCAAGAUGAAGAAGAAGAUUUUUUGGAUGAAGCUAGUAUCAAUUUACAUGGAACUGAUUGUCCAAUGGCACUUCGAUUAAUCGCAUGUAAUCUGUUAUUGGAAAUUACUGCUUUUCUACGAGAAACUUAUCAAACACUACCAAAGUCUUCACGUCUAUCCACUAGAGGUGAACGGCCACCUCCGUGGGAACGAAUGUAUAGUAGAGAUGCAAAUCGAAGAUGGAGUAUGGCAUUAUCUUCAAUGGGCCAUUCUCAAACUUCUGCACAAAGUUUACAGUCAAUUGCUGGAGAUCGUGAUGCUGGACAACCUGAACGAAAAAUAAGCUUUGUUUUGCAUGAACCAGACAAUGAAUCUGAAGGCAGCAGCAAUACCACGGUAACUAUGCAGGGUGAAGAAUUGCAACAACAAGAAAAGGAAAAAUCUCGUCGACCUCCGGCACCUACUCGUCCUUAUCUUUUACGAAGAGGUACUGGUGGCCCCGGUACUACUGGUGGAGGAUCGUUUAAACGUCGAAGUUUAAAAUUACGCCGUGGUACCAAGGAAGGAAAGGAUGUGGAAUAUGACUUUGCUGUCAAGCGGGCAGAUUCAAUUCAAUCUAAACGCAAAGUAAGCUCAUUAUCAGAUAGAAGUGAUACAUCAGAACCCGGUCUUAUUCUGCCUCCAGGGUGUGAAGGUUUACGUCAUCUUACCGGUGGCGGAGAAUCUGGCGGUGAAGAAUCUCCGGGUGUUCUAAGUGAUGAACAGCCACCAGAGAGUCCUAGUGAUAGUAACGACACGGAUGAUACUUCUAAAAAUUUACCAUGGAUAAAAGUCAUAAUUCAAAUAGCAAAUUCUUUUAAUUAUUCUUGUCCACAUCAAUUAUAUUGUCAUCCAAAUUGUUAUCGAAGAAAUAUGCGAGCAAGUACUCGAUUAAUGAAAGCUGUCCGAAAAGUAUAUGGUGAAGAAUUUGGUAUAAUAGAUAAUGAUAAUAACCCAAUAUUACAAAUGGAGAACACUGAAAAGAUUCGAGAAGAAAAGGAGAAAAAAGAUAAAACAGCACGAAGUGGUCGUAAAGUUUCUGAACAAACCAGUCAACAGGCAUCACCUAUUAAACGGAAGGAUAGUAUGGGAAGGCGUGAUAGAAUUGAUAGAAAUAUUGAUAGUUCUCAAGCAGCAAGAUUUAUUUCAAAUCGAGAUUCUUCAAGAGACAUUACCGAUCAAGAUGUCGAAAAAGGAAAAAAUGAUCCAAAAAAGAAGAAGGAAGAACUAAAAAAAGAAGAAAAACCAAAACAAGAACCACCAAUUUUGAAAUACAUUAAAACACAAGUUCAUGAUGCUUUCCACACACCAAUUGCACUUUUAGUCAAAGGCGCCGUAAUAUUAACAGAAGAAAAUUUUGUAGAAGUAAUGGGUGUUGCAUGGCAUCUUUUAUUGGAAUGGAAUCAAGAAGUUGCUGCAUCAGCUGCGUCUUUAUUUAUUUUGGGGGCAGUGAGGGCUCCACAACAAGUAACAGAAAUAAUGAAUCUUGGGUUACAGCAUCAAGAACCAUCUGUUCGAAUAAAUUCAAUUUUAAGGUUUCAAGUAUUAUGGAAGCUUCGUUAUCAAGUUUGGCAGAGAAUGGAAGAAGGUGCACAAUUGACAUUUAAAGUACCACCACCAGGAAUUGAAUUUACUUUACCAUCGCCAAAAAUUGGAAUUGAAUCAUUACCUGUGGUAGAUCCACCAUGGAUGCCACAGGUAAAAACUAAAGUUGAAGAAGUUACUAUUAAUCAAGAAAGACAUAGAUCUUUAGUCACUGCUACAAAAACAAGAAAGAAACAACAGACUGAACUAAUCAAAAUGGCUUUACAAGCACAAGAUGAUAAAAAACGUGAAGAACGUGAAAAUUUCUUGAUUACUACAAUUCCAAUUACUGUACAGGCAGCUUAUGAGCCAAGUUUAUAUCAUGCUGCUGGAGAUGACCAUGAAGAAGCUGCUGCAGAUAAUGAAGAAGCUGCAGAUGGUACGGGAAGUCGUACUGCUAGUCAUCAUCUACAUUCAGCGCAUUCGUUAUUUCCAUCAAGUUUAUGUGCAGCUGUUGUGGAGAUUAUUAAUUUAUUAGACGACGCUGCGGUGUCGCCAGAAGGAAGUGCUGUUUAUGAAGUAGCUUAUAAGGUAAUAUGGAGUUGUUUAGUUGAAGACAGUGCCUUGUGUUUACGAUAUGUUUUGGAACGCUUAACACGUGACAAACAAGAUCAAAUGUUUAAAAUAUUACGCCAUUUAAUACGAUUUAUCCCAAAAUUACCUCAACAAGCUGCUUUUGCUCUAUACAAUUACAUAAUCGGGUAUAUUAUGUUUUAUACACGUACCCCACAUGAAGAUGGUCAAAAAUUAAUUGGGACUGCUUUGUCUGUACUUUGGAUGGUAGUGCAUAGUGUUCAUGGAAUUAUGUUUAAAGAUUUAAAACAAAUUUUAAGAAAAGAACAAUGCGAUGCUUCGAUUUUAUUAACAGCUAAUGUCCCUUCGGCAAAAAAAAUUAUCGUUCAUGGGCCACAAGAACCAGAUGCUGGUGGAAUUCCAUCACAAUUUCCUGUGCAAGAAGAUACACAAUUUUGUCAAAUAUUACGUGAAUCACUAGAUUUCUUUGGAAUUGAAGAAAGUCGUCAUAAGGAAUUUUUCUUAGUAGACUACAAAACUCAUCAAAUUCAUAAUCCACAUUCAUACGUUCGUGAUUAUUACUUUUUUAAAAGAUCGCAAUAUCCACAAUUGGAAUUGAUACACAUGCGACCGGAAGAUGCAUUCAAUGCAUUGCAACAGCAAGAAUUGGUUCAUAAAUUUGUGGAAAUUGGAAAAACUCAUUUAACUUGGGCAAUCUUAAAAAAUGUUGAUAUGGUUGUUCAAAGAGUGGUAUUUUUGCAUGAAGAAUUGAUGAAAUUACCUUCGUUUCCACGAAAAGCCCUUGAAUCAGAUUUAGACUUAUAUAAAGGUGGUGAAAUUGGAAAAGAAUUAUUAGGUUUAGAUGUUUUACAUAAAUUUAUGUGGGUGCGAUUAAUUGCACGUAUGUUUGAAGCGAUGGCUGGUAAUUUUGCAUAUUCGAACGAUAUCCAUUUAUUUUUAAAUGUUUUAAAUGGUGCUGUUAUCCUUCAUAGUGAAGAUUGUUGCAUUUUACGAUAUGUUAUGGCAACCUAUAUAAAUGCUGCUCAUCAUUUUAAGAACAUUUUUUCAACUAAUGGCUACUUAUUAAUAAUGCCAACAUUACUUCAAAUGUAUUCAAAUCAUCAAACAAAUAAAUUAGUUACCACAACAGUGGAAUAUGCGGUCAAACAAUUUUAUUUAAUGAAUCGAAAACCAUUCAUUUUACAAAUGUUUGGCUCAGUAUCGGCCAUUUUGGAUACAGAUGAGAAUAGUACGUUUGGUGAUGCCCACAAGGUGCAAUCAUCAUGUUUAUUUAACUUAUUGUUGUCGCUUGAAACCCCAUCACCAGAUCCAUUAAAUAUUGGUGAAUUAGUUAAAGAAGAUAAACCAUUAAAAGCAAUCGAUUUUUGUUAUCACGAUGAAAACGAAAUGGUUGGGGUUAUGGAUUGUAUAUCGUUAUGUGUAAUGGUUGUCAGUUAUUCAGCUGAAAGUUUACGUGGAUAUCAGAUGUUGAUCAUAUUAGAAGCAAUACUUCCUUGCUAUAUUAAACAUAUACAAGGACAAGUAAACGAUAAAGAAUCAAGAGAAAAAGAACUUGAAAAAUUACAAAUAUUGGCUGUAGCCUUAAAAACACUUGUUAACAAUUGUGAAGCAUUAACAAAUGAUCGUCGCCCAUUUGAGAGAGGGUGGUUAGCAGUACAUUCAGACGCUUUCAUCAUUCCCAACUUAAUAAGCUACAAUGGUCCAUAUCGUUCAAGUCCUGAACAUAAAGGAUCAAGUCAACGGAAUUAUAGUCGAGGUGGACCAUAUUCACCUGGAUUUGAUUUCGAAGAAGAAACACACUCCAAGUAUUUAAGUGAACAUGGUCGUGCUAAAAGUAUGUACGAUCAUGAUGCAGAAGAUUCUGAAGUAUUACGAGCUGAAUAUCGUCGGCCACGAGAUGUUUUACUAUCGUUGGUUGGUGAUUUUAUGCAUCGGGCAAAUAAUCGUUUAGCAUUAAUUAAAAACCAAGAGGAAAAAGAAUAUGAUGAUGAACGUGAAAAAGAGAAAGAGCGUGGUAAAGAAAAAGAUAGAGAACGUGAUAAGGAUAAAGAUAGAGAGAAAGAACGCGAAAAAGAACGUGAGCGUGAACGGGAAAGGGAAAAAGAGAGGCCAGAUUUUAAACCGAUUCACUUCCUAGAUAUAAAAACGCAUAUUAAAUUAGCUGAAAUAGCUCAUAGUAUUUUAAAAGUAUCACCAUAUGAUCCAGAAUCAAUGAGUUGUCGUGGUUUACAGCAUUACAUGAACUAUGUUCUUCCAGCAGCUGAAUGGACUAAUGAUCAAAUGCGACCAUCAUUAGUAACCAUUUUACGCCGGUUGGAUAAGGUUUUCCAAAAAAUUGCUAAAAAAGCUUCAGUUAGACGCAAUACAGAUUGGGAAGCUGCUGGCGGAUUAUUAAAAGGAGUUCACGAAGCAAUGUUGAAGCAUCCAUCGAUUAUGCAUUGGCAACAGAUGAAAGCCUUAAUAAAUACAUGUCAGUCGUUCAUAAUGUGUGACGUCAAUUUAAAUGACACUGUACCAUCAGCAACAGCAGCAUUAAUGAAUCAAGCUCCACCUUCAUCGUUUUGCGCCAUUGUUGUUCGAUUAAUAGUUCAACAAAUGCUUGAUACUGAGGAUCAUUUCAGCUUAGAACAAAUAUGUGGUGGAAAUUCUGUUUUUCCAAAUCAAGAUCGUACUGAAACAUUUAUAUUAAAUUUAAUAAUGCCAUUGUGUUUACGUGUUGGAAGUGGGCGUGAUGACAUUCCAAAAAUGCAUCCUCCAGAUAUCAGUUUUGCCUUACAAAUAAUAUUACAUGCAUUAUGUCCACCAAUUAGUGGGACAAAACAACCAAUAGCAACACAAAGUAUGAAAACCACUACGGAUGUACGAACUGGCAGUUUAACUUUUACCACAAAUCGUGAUACAAAGAUUUCAACCAGAAUAAAUAAAUCUUUGUACACGGUAGCAUUUUUAGCCUUGAAAAUGAUGGUGAUAUGUUUUGAGGAAGAAUUACGUUUUGACUGGAUGAAAGUAACAUUUGCAAUGAGAAGUUUAGGACGACGUAAUGAAGCAGCAAAUUCUUUAUGGGAUUUUAUGGAAUUUGUUGUUACAUAUCGUACACCAUUAUUUAUUUUAUGCCGUCCGUUUAUUUGGCAAAAAGUUAGUGCCCCACCAAUAUCUGAUCAUGAGCGAUAUAUGCAAAGUGUUAUUAAAGGCAAAUUAAACUGUACUGGUAUGCCACAUCCAAAAUCAAAAGGAUGCCUUUUAAUGGAACUAGCAAGGGAAAUGAAAGAAUUAAAAGAGGAAUUAGAAGAUAGCAAAUAUGUAGAUCCAGAGCCAAAUAAAAAAGAUAGCUCUGGUGGACAUCAAAUAAGUACUGUUACAAUUGCUAAUGAAACAAUGAGUGUCGGAGGAACUCAUCGUAAUCAAAGACCGUCGUUAAUCGAAAUGUUAACUGGUGGUACAGAGCUCAGUGCACUUGUAGGAGUGCGCACAUCUGUUGGUUCAGGGGGAACUACUUCCGGUAGUGGUAGUGCAACUUCAGCAACUUUAGCACCAAAUACAUUACCAAAUACUUUAGGUCCUCAAAUGACAUCAUCGUCUGGCACACGUACACCUAGUGAUACCGCAUCUUCGCAAAAUUUAGGAAAAAGAGAAUCGUUGAGCAGUGCUAGUUUUUCUUCAACUCCUAUUCCUGGCCAUACUGCUAAUAUAAGUGAAAGUUUACCAGACAAUAGCAAUGGAGGUGUUACACCCACUAACCCUCCAACAGGUAUGCGCUAUCGAUCGCUGCAGUCCUCUGCAAGCGAAGAUCAUUUUGUGCCCAGUUCCCAAGUACCCAAGACAUCCAAGCUACGUUUUGUGUCUUCUGUAGAAUUUAAACAUUCGUCAGGAGAAACGUCGACAACACCCUUAAGUCCAGGAAGUCCAGCAGACGAAAGUUCCGGUGAAGGCGGAAGUCGUGUUCCACAAAAAUUACAAAGAGUUAAACCCCAAAGUCGUAAAACUUUUCGAUUGCGCAAAAGUAGAAAAAAUAAAAUUGAGGUAUCACAUAUAAAAAUCGAAUCAGAUUCCUUACCUUCAACACCAGUUGCAACGACCCCACCUCAUCAUGUACAACCAUUACCACAAACGCCGGUUGUAUCAGCAGCCCCUGCUUCAUUACCCGUUUCCGAGUUAUCUGUGUCAGCGGCAAAUACUAUCGCCUUAGGUCAUUUAUCUGAUUCAUCAAUCAGAUCUCGUCGAUUAUCAUCUAGAGCUUCAAAAAAUAAUGAGACAACAUCAUGGGAUUCAGAGAGUGUUGUAUCGCAGACUUCAAGUACAUCAGGAUAUCGUGAAUCAAUUAGUUUGCAAUUAACAACAAUGGGUAGCCCAUGUAAUAUACCACCAUUAGCAUCACCCGAUUUACAUGACUUACCAUCGACAAGUAGUGCGACUACUACAAAUAAUUAUAUGGUAUUUGAUGGUUCGUCUCCAGACUGUUCAUUUAGCGGAAAUGGAAACGAACGUACUGCCUUGUUAAGUAAAAAUGAGCGUAAUUUAUCGCAACAAAGUCUAUUAAUGGUAUUUGAAACAAGAGAUGAAGACACAUUAAUUUGAAUUUAAAAUGCACUUAGUUUAUUAUAUUUAGUACUAAUAAAAAACGGCAUUCAUUAAAUUUAAAAUAUUCAGAUUCAAAAUGCCAAAUUUAGGGCAGAAUCAAAACCCCGAGGCCACCAAAACUUAAUGCCUCCACUAUUGUAAAAAAAAAAUAAUAAAAGAAAAUUACAACAACAGUAAAA